AUGAUAUGGUAUUUGAAGUUUCUCUGGAAGGAACUAGAACAAAAAAGAAAGAAGAUGCCGUUGGUGAGAAGAAACAAUAGGAACGUGUCGAACGGGAUGAUACCCUUGAUGCUAUUGCAGGCCGUGAACGAGUACCGGAGGCUUGAACGUAAACCCCCGGUAACGGCGGCGAUUCUUGCUGCCAACACCCUCAUUUAUCUUCGACCUGCUUUCCUUCAUCAGAUCCUUCCCAAAAUUGAAGACGUCUUGUUCAAUGCUCAUCUCAUCGUUAAGGAUAAGGACCUAAAACGCUUAUUCUUAUCUGCUUUCUACCAUCUUGGUGAAACUCAUCUUGCCUACAACAUGAUUUCGCUUCUAUGGAAGGGCAUCCAGUUAGAAACUUGGUUAGGAAGUGCUGAAUUCACAUCUAUGGUUGCCACCCUACUUGGGUUGUCACAAGGCAUCACGCUCUUAUUAGCUAAAUCUCUUCUUCUUCUUUUCGAUUAUGAAACAGCUUAUUACCAUGAAUACUCUGUUGGAUUCUCUGGUGUCCUGUUUGCAAUGAAAGUCGUACUUAAUUCACAUUCAGAUGGCUACACUAAUCUCCAUGGAUUUGUGGUGCCCGCAAAGCAUGCUGCUUGGGCUGAAUUGAUUCUCAUCCAAUUGUUUGUUCCUAAUGUAUCCUUUCUAGGCCAUCUUGGUGGGAUACUCGCAGGCAUAGUUUAUCUACGUUUAAAAAAAGCCCCUUCUCCUUUGACAACAAUGGUGAAAGCGUUAACUUCUUUAGUAAGAUCUCUACUGAUGCGGAUAUGGCAGCAGUCCCCCCCACGACAAAGGGGAACAAGUGCAGGUGCAGGUGGUAUAUGGAGGUGCCGGGCUUGUACAUAUGACAACUCCGGUUGGUUAAGUGUGUGUGAAGUGUGUGGGACAGGGCGUGGUGAUGAUGGAUUAUCUUCUGUGCAGUUGUCGAAUUCAGAGAUGAUUCCUUUAGAUGAAAUACGUCGCCGAAGGAUUGAGAGGUUUGGUAGAUAUAGAUAGAUAGAUAUAUAAUCUUUACCAAUUGUAAGUGUAAGGAUACUUAUCAUGUAAAUUAAGCCAAGGUAUAGCAAAUCAUUCAAGCAAAUACAAAAU